GAAGGCACCGCACUGGGCUGUCCUCCCAACUGAAGGCGGCGCGUUCCAAUAGUUGCCGGCGUCUCCUCUUCUCUUGCUGGUUUCCUGGUCUGUCAGCCGUCCUCAGCAAGCUCCUGGGGGGCGAAAGGGCUCCGAGAGCUUUGCUCUCUGGCAGAUUUUCUUCCGUAAGAGGUGGCUCUAGAAUCCCCCAGAAAAGAGUGUGGUCUUUUAUUGCAAGGCAUGAUGACUGCAAAAGUGGUUCCCAUAUCCCCAAAGCCAAAGCAGUCCUUUAUACUGAGAGUUCCUCCAGACUCCAAGCUGGGCCAAGACCUCCUUCAAGAUGCCACUAGUGGGCCCAAGACCAUCCACCAGCUGGUGCUGGAGCACUUCCUUACCUUCUUGCCCAAGCCAAGCCUGGUCCAGCCCAGUGAGAAAGUCAAGGAGACCUUGGUUAUUAUGAAGGAUGUGAGUUCAAGCCUUCAGAACAGAGUGCAACCUCGUCCCUUAGUGAAGCUUCUGCCCAGAGAAGGAGUCCAGCAGAAACAGGAGACAGUGUCUCUGUGUUUUAAAGCUGACUCUGAGGAGCUGGUGGUCUUUGAGGAUUUGAAUGUGUUUCACUCCCAAGAGGAAUGUGUGAGCAUGGAUCCUGCUCAACAGCCCACAUCAGAGAAGGAGAGUGUUGGAGAGAUGAUGUUACUAACCAAUGACAGUCCUACAAGUGAAGAUCUUCAGAAGGGAAAUUGCCGAGAAAAGUCUUUGGAUGGCGAUGGAGUGGAUUGUUCCUUGGUCUCUGAGCAACCUCCAGGUAGCCAAGAAGAGAGACUAAAUACAUCCAUUCCACAGCAAAGGAAAAUGAGAAAUCUUUUAGUUACCAUUGAAAAUGACACUCCACUAGAGGAGCUCUCGAAAUUUGUGGACAUCAAUGUUAUUGCACUUUCUCGGAGUCGGAGAACAAGGAGAUGGUACACUUGCCCACUGUGUGGGAAGCAGUUUAAUGAAAGCUCUUACCUUAUUUCCCACCAGAGGACUCACACUGGAGAGAAACCCUAUGACUGUAGCCACUGUGGGAAAAGCUUCAAUCAUAAAACAAACCUCAAUAAACAUGAGCGAAUCCACACAGGAGAGAAGCCUUAUUCCUGUUCUCAGUGUGGGAAAAACUUUCGUCAGAAUUCUCAUCGAAGUCGCCAUGAAGGAAUCCAUGUAAGGGAGAAGGUAUUUAAGUGUCCAGAAUGUGGGAAAACCUUCCCAAAAAAUGAAGAAUUUGUGCUUCACCUGCAGAGUCAUGAGACUGAGAGGCCAUACGGUUGCAAAAAAUGUGGGAGAAGAUUUGGUCGGCUGUCAAACUGUACCCGGCAUGAGAGGACCCACUCUGCAUGUAAGACCCGAAAGCAGAAAUGAGAUUGGGAAUCAUCCUGCCUCAGCCUGAGAAGUUUCACAAGGCUGCCUAAAAACACACAGAUAUGUGAAAACCUCAUUAUAGCCAAAUUUGGAUAAAUAUCCAUGUUGGCUAAACCUCAGUUGUUAGAAAAUCCACAGAGAGGGAAAUAUCUUCAAGGGCUAUACUUCAGUUAGCAUCCAGACUUCCUGGACUAAGGAGCUUUCUUUGUGAAGUUGUACAACAAUAUAUAGGUCACAGAUCCUUUUCCCAAGAAUUUAAAUUUGAAAGAGUCUGGGGCUGCUUACAUGCAAGGUGAGCUGGACAGUCACAUCUAUUGAAAUAGAUCUCUUUUCCCUUGCAUGGGAAUUCACACAUAAAAAAAGAGAACACAAAAGUCUUUAUCUGGAAUUGAUCUCCCAGAAAGAACCAAACUACUGGUUUGUUAAGUCAACAGCUUCUAAUAACAGUUCCUAUAACGCUUGCAUAACAUCCUGAUAUGGCUUGAGUGUUGAAUUGUUUACUCUUUGAUAUAGGAAAACUAAAGCAUUUGAAUGUCAAAAGACUUACCCUCAUUUGUAAGUGAUCUAAAAUAAUUAUUAAUUUCAAAAACAUUUGCAAUUUGGGGCUAAAAUGGGCUGUUUUAUAGAAAUCCUUUUCACACCAUAAUUUGAAGGUCUCUCUACUAUUCUUGAUUCUUUACAGCUGUUAAUCUCAGACAGCUGUCUCAUGCCUCUCCCUUGCCAAAAGAGGUUCAGAUCACUCAGGUCUGACCAUCCAGCACCACUGCUGUCUGGGAAAGCUCUUUAGGAUCUUUUCCCUUUGUGAUCCAAGGUCUUAACUGCUAGGAAGGAAAACCUGGAAGCUAAAGAAAAGUAACAGACCUACAGACAGGAAAAAGUUGGCUUGGAUCCACAGCUAGGCAUAACCUCCCUUAGGCUUAAUUCCCCUUUACACAGUCAACAAACCUUUGAAUGGUCACUACCUCACAAGGCAAAGUGUUUAGAGACUAUGCCUUUAGUGGUUAGCUCCAUUGUUUCUCAAGAAAUGGGAUUCUAUGGGUCUUCUUGUAGUGGAUGGUCGUCAUCCUUCCUCCUGAUAGCCAGGCCCUUCUGUGCGAUCUGCCUGGAGUCAAGAGAACAGUGAUGCCUCAAUGGGAGUCGUCCUGCAUUUUGAUUAGGGAUUCUUGGUCAGUUUUGGGUUUUUUUCCCAAAGUUUUACUUGGUUAUUCUGUGUGGAAUGGGUUCAGCCUAUAAGCCAUUUGGGAAGAUUUAUUAAUUUUCACAAAUUUUUGUUUUAUACCCAGAAACAUGCCUUCUUACUUAGUUACAGUAUUCCUGUGCAAAUUUUUCUUUUUUUCACUUAAAUUCUAUCCAAUUUUGUUAUUUUUCAUUUUUCAAAUUGGUUAAUUCUCUUAUAUAGGAAAGUUUUAAAAAAAUAUUUGUGUGCCACCUCACUGAAUGUUUUUUUUCAAUAAUUUCUCAGGAAAAGUUGUUUAGUUCUGUUUGUGGUAAAUAUUUACCAUCUACAAAUAAUAGUUUGUUCCUUUAUGCCUAUUGUUUUUUUUUUGUUUCUGUUUUUAUAUUUUUAACAUGAUUCUAAGGUUUGUUGGUACAAAGUAUUCUGAAAAAAGGACAUUUUAUGAUUCAGUUCAUCAUAGGAAAUCAUAAUUUCAAAACAAAACAAAAAUCCUAAACACUUAAAAACAGAAAAAUUGCCCUUUAUAUACUUCCUAUAUCAAGUCAACAGUGAUCUUUAAAAGAAGGGACAAAACUGGCUACCCACACAUUCUAGUGAUUCUUUGGAAAUCCCCACACACUAGGAUGGGGUCUCCAGGCUGGUUCUACCUGGGCCAUUGUUGCCUGGUGCUGGUGGGGCAGGCCUGCUGAACCUGGGGCUCCUCCAAGGGUGACCUGGCCUGACACCUUCCAGUGUUGGCCUGGGUCCCUGGAAAUCAAGCAAAUUAGCUCAGUAAGGAGCUCAUUAACGCUUGAGUAAAAAAGGUGAACACAGCCAUGACAAGUUUCCCAAUAUAGCUUCAAGCACAAGCACUAGAGAGUGUGAAGAAACAAAGAUCCAAUUCCAAACGCAACUACAAAUGGAAGACAUCCAUUCCCAAAGAUGCUGUGCUGGAGUGUCCUGUAAGGCAGAGGUGGGAGGACAGACCAGGAGAUCUAACAGUGCAUAGGUAGCUACAAACUGAUGAGCACUAGAUUCUAGCAGUUACAGGUGGGUUUUCCAAGAGGAAAACAUAGCUACAAGACAUGAAAAAAAUGUUCAGGCUUACAAGUAGCCUAAGAAUUACAAAUUGAAGAAGACAAGAUGUCUUGGGGGGGUGGUUUUAGCAAAAUAUAGCUGACAGCUGAAUCCACCCACACUAUGAUAAUGUUAAAAACCAUUAUUCCUUAUCUCAGCCAUUUAUCAUCUAUGUCAUCUAAGAAAAAUAAUGACAUAUAACUCUAAAAAAUUAGAAGCCUAAAUGGUUGGAUAAAUAUAAAAAGUUAACAAAGCUAAUAAAAUUUUCACUAACCUUA